UUAUUUUAUAUAUUUCUAAAGUUCCUAUUGGUGUAAACACGACAAAACUUAAAUGAAGGUAAAAGUCAAACUAAACUUUUACGCCACAGUGCGCCAGAUAAUUAGGGACUUUCCGUUUAUGGGGCGUCAUAAAUAGUAAGUUUCGGUUUCGGUAUUGAGUCGAAGCUUAGGUGGCUGUGGUGUGGACAGGCUGCCUGUUGGAACGAACAUUUAAAAGCACAUUUAGCUGCUUUAGCUUCUUUAUUUUGGGCUAAUAUUGUUAUUUUAAGUGUUGGGGCGUUCGCGACUGCAAACCAGGAUCCUCUAAAGGAAUAAAAGACCUGUGAGUUAUGCAGAAAAUGAGCUACUUCUUCCCUCUGCUGUGCGUGUGCCUGGAUGUGUGCCUGGUGCAGGCCGUCCGCCUGGCCCAGCUCUCGCCCCUCCUCCUCGCCCAUCCUUUCGUCACCAUGUGGGGGGGAGCGCUGGCCAGGGCCUCCCUCCAGGUCUUCCUCGCCCUCACCUACCCAGGGAGCCUCCCGUCCAUGAAGAGCUUCGAGGGCCUCCACAACCUCGGGGUCCUCUGCUUCCACUUCCCGGCGUACACCACCCUCCUCUGGGGGCUGGGGCAGUCGACCGUGGAGGAGCUGUGGGGGUGGCACUCCUGGGAACGGGUGCUCCAGGGUUACGUUGUGACGAUGGUGGCCUGGCUCUACUGGAGCCGAUACGUGUUGUCUCUUCUUCUCUCCUGGGGACGAUACAUCUCGUCUCUGUUCAGGAGGACGCCGUCGAAGGAGGAGGAGCCCAGAGAGGACACCAGCACCAGCUCUCUGAAAAGACUGCUGGGAUACAUGACGCCAUAUUUCUGGCGAUUUGUCGUCGUCCUGUGUCUCGUGGUCCUCUCGUCUUAUGGUGAAAUGGCCGUUCCUCAGUACACUGGUCGAGUCGCUGACUGGAUCAUAAACGAAGAAGCACCCGACGCCUUCACAAACGCCAUCACAAUCAUGACGCUGAUGACUCUCGCCAGUGCUGUCCUUGAGUUCGUAUGUGACCUCAUCUACCAUAUCACCAUGAGCCAGAUUCACACCUCAGUGCAGGCGGUCGUCUUCCAGGCUGUGCUGAAACAGGAGAUAGCUUUCUUUGAUGAAACUCCAACAGGUGAACUGGUUUCCCGCAUAACCACCGAUACCAACGAUAUGAGCGAGGCCCUGAGCGAGAAGCUGAGCCUCGUGAUGUGGUACACGGCACGUUUCGGCUUCCUCGUGUUCUUCAUGGUGAGCCAGUCGUGGAAAAUGACCCUGCUCACCUGCAUGGGACUGCCCAUCAUCUGGGUCAUACCCGAGCUCACCGGACACUUCCACCAGACCAUCGCACGGAAAGUUCAGGAGUCUCUGGCCAAGGCCAACCAGGUGGCAACGGAGACGUUCUCGUCCAUGAAGACAGUGAGGAGUUUCGCCAAUGAGGACGGCGAGACAGAGAGGUACAGACGACGGCUGGACGACACUUACGCCCUCAACAAAAUGGAGUCGGCAGCUUAUGCAGCUUCUACCUGGGCUAACAGCAUGACCACUUUAGCCUUGAAGGUGUGUAUUCUGUACUACGGAGGGACUCUCGUGACCAGGGGGGCGGUGAGCAGCGGAGACCUGGUGUCGUUUGUCCUCUACGAGCUGCAGUUUGCCUCCGCUGUUGAGGCGGUCAUGCGUUAUUACCCAGAGGUGAAGAAGGCAAUCGGUGCCUCGGAGAAGAUCUUCGAGUAUUUGGAUCGGAAACCCCAAAUACCCCCAGAGGGCACGUUGGCGCCGGAAAACCUUCAGGGACACAUUCAGUUCAAAAACGUCACGUUUUCCUACCCGGGAAAGACCAGUGAAACUGGUUUUAGUCUGAAAGAUGUGUCUCUGGAGGUGAAGCCAGGUCAGAUCACUGCCCUCGUGGGGCUGAACAGAUCGGGGAAGUCUACCUGUGUCAAACUGCUGGAGAGGUUUUACCAGCCACAAUCAGGAGAGAUCCUACUGGAUGGGAAGCUGCUGAAAGACUACAAAGACCAGUACUUGCAUGACAAGAUCGCUGUGGUGAGCCAGGACUGUGUUCUCUUUGCUCGCUCUGUGCGUGAGAACAUAAAGUACGGCUGUGAGGACGCCUCUGACGAGGAGAUGUUCAAGGCGGCCAAGAUGGCCAGCGCCCACGAUUUCAUCGAGGGCCUGUCAAAAGGAUACGACACAGAUGCUGGAGAGAAAGGAGGCCAGGUGUCUGGAGGCCAGAAGCAGCGCAUCGCCAUUGCUAGAGCUCUAAUCAGACGCCCGAAAAUCCUGAUCCUUGACAACGCCACCAGUGAUCUAGACACAGAGAAUCAAUACCAGGUCCACCAGGCUCUGUUGAAGCAGAGAAACAAAUGCUCCGUGCUACUGAUAUCUAACACCAUGAGUGUUGUGGAGAAGGCCGAUCAUAUAAUUGUCCUCAACAGCGGGAUGGUAGAGGAGGAAGGCCGUCAUGACGAGCUGAUGCAGAAAGGCGGCUUAUACGCUGACCUGGUGGAGAAACAGAACAGAGGCUUCCACCGCGAAGAGAACAACGACGAACCGUGACGCGUCUGAGUGGCAGGGAAAUGACAUGAAGGUUGCCGGUUGAGGACUAACGCCUUGUUCAGACUGAUUUUGACAUGUCCAGAUUUGAUCCAGAUUUUUAUUUUUAUUUUU